AUGUCGUUCAACGUACUAGCAGAUUACUUGGUGAUAAACGACCGCGUAAACGAACCCGCCAAACGUCAUCAGAAAUACGACACUCGCCUGAUGAGAGAAAUCUCGCGCUGGUCGCCGCAUAUCGUGAAUCUGCAGGAGGUGGAUCAUUUUGAAGACUUUUUCGAGCCAAAAAUGAAGAACGCGGGCUUUGUGGGUGUUUAUAAAAGAAGAACGGGUGAGAAGACACACGACGGCUGCGCGAUCUUCGUGAGAAAGAGCAUGUUCCGCAUCGUAUCCUCGCACCCGAUCGAGUACCACGUGCCAGACCAUCCUGUGCUAGACAGAGACAACAUUGCAUUGACCGCAGUGUGGGAAACAAGAGCUGCAAAGCAACUCGAGUCAACGAAAAUGAUCGAACUCGUCACCACGGAAAUGGUACUGCAUUUGGCAAGUUUAUCAGUGACCGAGCUCAACGAAGUGAUUUUCGCGUUUACAAACUCAACACGGUCUACUCUCAUGAGGUGA